AAAGUCUAACAAUUAAUACACAAAAUGAUAGCUAAUAAUAAUGAAUGUAUUUUUGGUGUAUAUUUGGCAUUCAAUGACUGGUUAUGUUGAAUAUCAAGUGAUGACUUCGUCGAUGAACUGGUCCUACAAAUUGAGACAACCGGUUGAGAGGACUGACUCACAGCGCACGCGAUCUCCAGUCAUGACUUUAAAGCCAUCAAAACAAACAACUGAUGCCAUCAACAGCUGAUUGAUUUAACAACAAUUGAUUGUUAAUUGGUCUCAAAGUUGUUGUUAUCACUAAAUUGUUGCAAACGUUUGUUGUUUGACAUAAUGUUAUGACACGUGUAUCUCUUGUUGUCAUUUGAUUACAAUAAUUAAAAACUAUGAAAAUGUCUGUCAAUAGCAAACAAUACGACCAAUUGGUCACUAAAUUAAAUCAUUUGAUUGUUAGCUUAAGUUUGGAUGAGAAGAGUACUCAAGAGUUGGGCACUGAUAUCAACGAUACCAUCAAAAAGUAUGAACUUAAAGCCAAUGCCAUCAAAGAGACCACUUGUGAGCUCAAGAGUGUUGUCCAAGAGUUUGAUGACAAGAUGUCUCAAAUGACAUCUAUUUUAGACGCUGUGUCACCACUUCUUGAUAAAUACGAAAGUUUAAUAAAAUUAGAUAAAUUGUUGUCCGAAUUGUCUACCAUUAAAAAGAUACACAAAAGUCUUGAGAUGAAUGUUAUUAACUGCAAGACUAAUAAAGAUUUUGAGACAAAAGUGACUUUAAUUACACAAUCAUUCAAUCAAAUGGUCGAUUCAUACAAAGAUUUUGAAGAUAACCACAAAAAUGAUGUAAUGAAGAAUUAUUUAUACGAUAUUAUAAUCUAUUGGAAACCAAUUAUUUUGACAAAAUUAAGACAAAGGUUUGCCGACACAUUUGAGUCCAUUGAUUGGCCUCUAAUUAACACAAAUAAGUUGCAGAACCGAUCAAAAAGUCAGUCAUCUGAAGCAAUCAAUACCUUUCUCUUAUAUUUCAAUUCAUUACUAAUUUUUGACAUUCAAUGUAAGCGAUUAUCACCGCAAAUAACUACUGAAUCGGAAAUUGUUUUACCUAUUGAUGUAAUGGUAACGCCUCUGAAGAAGCGAUUUCAAUACCAUUUUAUGGAAACCAAAAGCAAACUCAAUAGACCUGAAAAGCCCGAAUGGUAUUUAUCACAAACUCUGGUAUGGAUUCGACAAAACAAUAACUUCUUGUGCGAAACAAUUGAUCCACUAUUACUUGACAUGAAGUCAGCGACCGAUUUAGUUCCGGCGAAAUUUCAACUAAUUUCUGGUUUACUUGAAUGCGUGACAACAAAAUUAAAAUCAGAUUUGCCUUCACUUGUUUACGACGACAAACUAUUUACACAUACUGUCGAUGAAGUGCUUAUAUUUAAUCGGGAAUUACUAGAAAUUGAGUCCAAUAUAAUUCAAGUCUUUCCUAAUUGUAAUUUAAUGAAUGUUUUCUCUUCUGAACCAUUCUUUACAAGAAUUUUGUCUUUGGAAAGAAAAAAGUCAACAGAAUUUGUUGAACUUAUAUUAGACUCAAAAUCUGCUUGGAAUGAGAUCUGUGGUCCUGAAGGCAAUGAUGAGCUGAAGAUAUGUGAAUGUGGAGACAAUUUUGUAUUAAUGCUUCAGUCGGUGACCAAUAGAUGCUCUUUCUUUACCAAUGAGUCACUGAAAUAUGCUUUCAUUAAAUUACAACUCGAAAUGUUAGAUGAUUUUCGUUUACGACUCAUCCAAUUGCUUCAUACCAGUGACAAGUCUUGGCCAUUAAGUCAACGAUACUUUGCAAUCAUUAAUACAAUUAAUUACUUGAUUUUUGUACUCAACGAAUGGAAAAUAUUACCAUUUUAUGUCCAGAUAUCAGAAAUAUAUUCACCAAAUGAGACAGUCUUCGAUCAAAUUAUAGGACUCUUACAACACGUUUUGAAUGAAUCAAUUCAACAAAUAAAAGACUUAUUUUUGGAUCAAUUAAAGACUGGAUUGCAAACUUAUGCCUCAAUUAAAUGGUUUUGUCUUAAAUUGUUUGACAACAGUCUCAGUUCCAGUGCUUCUCAAUUAUUACAUUUUAUAUCAACAAACUUAGUAUCGUUGCAAAAGUCUUUAUCAAUCUCUUUGUUUGACAAGAUUUCACAAGAAAUGGCACAACAAUUGAGUCGAAUUUUAGUCGAAGAUUUGGUUCUCGAGAACUCAUUCAAUGACUUCGGUGCCAAACAACUCGAUUACGACAUAACAGUCGGAUUUUUGUCAUUGUUUCGACUUUACUUAAGUCGACCAAAUGCCGAGUUUGGGCCACUUAUCGAUGCCGUAAAACUGGUUAACAUUGAAAAGGGAACAUAUCUUCUAUUGAAAGAAAUACUUAGCGAUAGAAAUAAGACAAACGAAGCAAAAAUGGCUUUAAAAGAGAUGUCCGUUACUAUGAUAUCAACACAAAUGGCACUAAAUAUUAUACAAAACAAAAUUUUUGAUAAAUAAAAGUCUUAUUAAUUUUAUAUAAUUUGAAAUAAUAUAUAUAUAUAUAUAUUAGUCAAUACAUUGCUUUAUAAAAAACUUUAUAUAAUUUUAAUACAAAUCG